GGCACCGGGGCCGCUCGGGGCCGCUCGGGGCCGCUCGGGCCGGGUUCCCGCGGAGCCCCCGCUGGUGGUGGCGGCGGCGGGAGCGAGCGGCGCUCCCGGCUCGGCCGCAGCAGCCCCAUGGCGGCGCAGGAGCCGCCGCGGCCGCCCCCGGGCACCGCCGAGCCCCCGGAGCCGGAGCCUGGCGGGCGCUACGAGGCCGUGGUGCCGCACUGGUUCUACUGCAAGGUCACGGACACGCGGGAGCGCUGGGUGCCGUUCAGCGCGCAGGACUCGGAGCGGCUGGAGGCGGCGCACGGCGCAGGGAAGGAGCAGGCUGGCGUGGUGGUGCCCACCUCGGGGGGCAGGUACGACGUGCACCUGCGGGCGCGGCGGCGCGUGGCCGUGUACUGGGAGGAGGAGGCGGCCGAGGUGCGGCGCUGCACCUGGUUCUACAAGGGGGACAAGGACAACAAGUUCAUUCCCUACUCAGAGUCCUUCAGUGAGGAACUGGAGGAAGCUUACAUGAUUGCCGUGACCCUGGGUGAGUGGAAGAAGAAGCUGGAGUCCCCCAACAGAGAAGUCAUUAUCUUGCACAACCCAAAGCUGAUGGUUCACUACCAUCCUGUUGCCAGCUCUGAUGACUGGGUCUCCACCCCCACGGAGCAAGGCCGGCCCCGCACUGUGAAGAGAGGAGUGGAGAACAUCGCUGUGGAGAUCCCCAAUGGAGAGCCUCUGCAGAUCGACCACCUGGUGUUCGUGGUGCACGGCAUCGGCCCCGCCUGCGACAUCCGAUUCCGCAGCAUCGUGCAGUGCGUGAACGAUUUCAGGAACGUGUCCCUCAGCAUGCUGCAGUCACACUUCAGGAAGGCCCAGGAGCAGCAGCAGGUCGGGAGGGUGGAGUUCCUGCCUGUGAACUGGCACAGCUCCCUGCACUCCACUGGUGUGGAUGUUGACCUGGAGCGGAUCACGCUGCCCAGCAUCAACCGCCUGCGUCACUUCAUCAACGACACCAUCCUGGACGUGUUCUUCUACAACAGCUCCACCUAUUGCCAGACCAUCGUGGACACGGUGGCCUCGGAGAUGAACCGCCUGCACCGGCUCUUCCUGCAGAGGAACCCGCACUUCAGGGGCGGGGUGUCCAUCGCAGGGCACAGCCUGGGGUCACUCAUUUUGUUUGAUCUCCUGACGAACCAGAAGGCUGAUCCUGAGGAGAAGGAGCACUGUGUGCAGGGGUCCAGGACAACCUCAAGCACGGGGGGGAUUGAGGAAGUAAAAGAAAUCCUGAAGAAGCUGGAGCUGUCUGAGUAUUGUGAUGUUUUUGAGAAGGAGAAAAUGGACAGGCAAGCCCUGUUCUUGUGCACAGAGCAAAACCUGAAAGAAAUGGGAAUUCCCUUAGGGCCCAGAAUGAAAAUACUCCAUUACAUCAGCUCCGAGACAGGGAUGAAGGGUCGGAGUUCAGCAGCUCCUGGGCACAAUGAAGGUGGGGCUGAGCCAGGGUCCCCAUCCCAGCUUGGGGACAGUUCUGAGGAUGGCAGGAGCUGCCAGUACCGGGAUGUUGGCUUGGGACAGGUGUCAGCAAACUACCCCCAGCUGAACUACAAGCCCAGCAUCUUCUUUGCCUUUGGCUCUCCCAUCGGGAUGUUCCUCACGGUGCGAGGAGUGAAGCGCAUCGACCCCAACUACAGCCUGCCCACCUGCAAAGGCUUCUUCAACAUCUUCCACCCCUUUGACCCCGUGGCGUAUCGGAUCGAGCCCAUGAUCGUCCCGGAGCUGGAGUUUGAGCCCAUGCUGCUGCCCCACCACAAGGGCAGGAAGAGGAUGCACCUGGAGCUGAAGGAAGGGCUGACCCGCAUGAGCGUGGACCUGAAGAACAACCUGCUGGGCUCCCUGAGGGUGGCCUGGCAGUCCUUCACCCGCUCCCCUGUGCUUGCCCUGGAGGCAGGGAGCUCUGAAGCUGAGGCAGAGGCAGAGGCUGGCACUGAGAAGCAGCCAGACACAAAGCCAGAGGAGCCCCCAGCAGCAGUGAAGGAGGAGACCCCUCCCAUCAACGUGGGGAGGCUGAACGGGGGGAACCGCAUCGACUACGUGCUGCAGGAGAAGCCAAUAGAGAGCUUCAACGAGUAUUUGUUUGCACUCCAGGGGCAUCUCUGCUACUGGGAGUCAGAGGACACUGUUCUGCUGGUUCUGAAGGAGAUCUACCAGACACAAGGCAUCACACUGGACCAGCCUUUGCCAGGGAGCCAGUGACCCACCUGUGCUGUUCUGGCUGUUCAAUCCCACAGAGCACUCACCAGGAAAGUCCAGAUCUCUUCUCUGCCUUCCUCUCUCCUCUGCUGCCGAGUCCUGCAUGCUGCUUCCCAAGUACUUGCUGCUGCCUGGAGCUAAGGAUGGAUUUUCCUCCAUUUUGGCUAAGGGUAGGGGGAAAAACUGUCAAGGAAAACCACUUCUGCUCAAACACACACACACACACCACCUGUACAGUGACUCCCUGUGGCAACGUGUACUUUAAGCCUGCCCCCUGUGAGUCCCCACACCAGCAGAUGAGCUGUCCAGGCUCAGAGCCCUCACCUGGCUCUGUGAGGACACUCACAGCCUGGGACCUUGAGGAGAAAAAGCCUUAAACACAGCAUGGGAAGAGCUGCAGCAGCCUUGCAGCAAGGGAGAUUGCUGACUGCUAACACAAACCCCCCAGCAGGGCCCAGGAGGUGAAGUCCAGGGCACAGAGUGCUGCUGAGGCACAGGGGCUGGCCAGCAUCAUCCCUGCACUGCUGCUGCAUCUCUGUGCAGCCCUGCACUGCUGCUGCAUCUCUGUGCAGCCCUGCACUGCAGCCAGGCAGGGCUGCCCCUAAAGCACCCUGUGAGAGUGGCAUGCUCGUGCUCCUCCCUGCUGUGGGGUGCUGCUGGGGACAGAUCAGCACCCCCACCCUGCCCACCCUGCACACCCAGGGCUCCCCAGUGCUGCUGGGGACAGCUCAGCACCCCAACCCUGCCCACCCAGGGCUCCCCAGUGCUGCUGGGGACAGCUCAGCACCCCAACCCUGCCCAUCCUGCACACCCAGGGCUCCCCACAGCCCUGACCCAGCCAGUGCUGCUGGGGACAGCUCAGCACCCCAACCCUGCCCAUCCUGGGCUCCCCAGUGCUGCUGGGGACAGCUCAGCACCCCAACCCUGCCCAUCCAGACCCUCCCCACAGCCCUGACCCAGCCUGUGCCCUGCUGUCCCUGCUCUGAGGAAAGCUUCCCCUCCAGCUGCAGCCAGCUGGCAGUGCCAGGGCAGGGUGAGCCCUCUGAGGCCUGCAGGGACACAGAGCAGUGCUGCUGUCCCACAGGGCUGGCAGGUGAGCACAGAGAUCUGUGCCUGCCAUGCUCUCAUCCUGGUUUAGCUUUAAAUGUACAAAAUGCAGCCAGCAAAGGUGGAGCCCAGAUCCAGCAGGGUCUGGCCACUGCAGGAAUGACACCAGCUCUGUAGGCAGCUCAGUGUGCAGCUGCCUUGAAGCUCUUUUCUGAGGGAGCAGGGCUGGAGAGCCUCUGUGAUCCUUCCCUGGGCACCAAAGGCCCUGGGCUGGGGCUCCAGUGCUGUGUGAGGUGUUGCUGUGCAGCCUUUGGAGAGCCAAACCACUUUCCCUCCUGCUGACUUUUGCCCUGCAUGGGGUGAGGAGCCUUUUUUUCCCCACAGCCUGUUGGUUUGUUUUUCCUCCAUUGUCUGUUAUUUGCACUAUUGGAAGGGUUUUGUUUGCAGCCUCCAUCCCUCCUCCCCUCCCAAGGAACAGAAGCUGUUCUUUACCUGACUGCAGGAACAGCCCAGCUGCUUGGUCAGCACCUGACUGGCUAAAGUCUCAUGGGAGUAGGAAAAGGGACAGUCUUAACAUGGGACACUAAUGAUCAGCUUUUUAAGUUAUGCACUUUGUUAAAAAAAAAAAGGAAGUUAAAUACAUUUUAAAUGUUAUUUAAUGUCUUUUCCAGUAAAAGCCAAAAUAAAUAA